AAGAGAAUUAGAAUUGGAUUCAAAAUUCUCUCAUUUGUCAAAUCAUCAACCCCUUGUAAUGUCAACCAAAUUCUAGUCCUUACCCUUCUAACCAUUCCAUAUAUAAAUAUUAUCACAUAUGAGCUCAUAAACAUAGUUGUGUUUUUGAGUGUGAUAUCAUUGUUACCUCAAAGAAAAAGAGUUCUAAUUCUAAUAAGACAUAAACAAAUCUUUAACAUGGCAGAGGAGUUUCAAGCUGGAAUUUGUGGUGAAACAUGGCGGAGUAUUAAUAAUUCAACAAGAAGUGUAUUUCCUAUUAUGAUGAAUUCAUCAUCAACAUGUUCUGUUGCAGCUAAUGAUGUAGGGAACUAUAGUACUUGGCAAAAUGAACUUUUGGGUUUGAAAGAAACAAGGACUUGUUCUAUUGAUGAAACUAAUAACUUUGAUUUUUCUGAUUGUGCUUUGAGUUUUCUUGAUCCUCAAAAGCCACCACAACAGAGUGAAUCAUUAGCUAAUGGAAGUGGUAGCAUGUUGAUUGAUUCCACCUUACAAAUUAUGGGUUUUGAUCUCUCAUCUCCAACUUCAUCUAAUUGGAAUCACUCUCUAUUUAAUUGUAAUGGAAGGCAAGAGAGCAAUUUUCACUCUAUGAUUCAAGAAGAAACAUGUUUAGAUUCAUCUAAUGAUUCACAAAUCCAAGUUUCAACAGUUGAUACUUUCAUCAAGCCGAUGGAUCAACAAUUUUCCAUAGAUUCCUAUGGUUACCCUUCAAAUUUGAUACAAAGUUUAUUUGAUAAUGAUCCUCAACCUCAAUCACAUAACUCACUUUAUACCAACCCUUCUUCUAUGUCUUAUUCAUCUUCCAAUGAACUUUCACCAACAUGGUCUAAUGUAUCUUCUCUUAUGAAACCUUCAAUGCCAAAACAACAACUUAGUAGUGGAUUGCAAUUUUCCAAUAAUACCCCUUUUUGGAAUGCUUCAGCUGAGGCACUUAAUGACAUCAGAGCUGGAGUUUUGGCUUCAUCACAACCACAAUAUCAAUCUCCUAAUUUUGAUCAAGAUAACAAAUUCAAUUCCUCAAAUGCUCUAUUAAACAAGCUAAAGAGAGAAAAAUCUCCAGAAACAAAAAACUCAUCUGAAGCUGCAAUUAAGAGGCCAAGAAUUGAGACUCCAUCUCCAUUACCAACUUUUAAGGUUAGGAAAGAGAAGUUAGGGGACCGUAUCACAGCUCUUCAGCAAUUGGUUUCACCUUUCGGAAAGACGGAUACAGCAUCUGUUCUUCAUGAAGCCAUUGAGUACAUCAAGUUCCUUCAUGAUCAAGUCAAUGUUUUGAGCACUCCAUAUAUGAAAAAUGGAUCUCCCAUUCAACACCAACAGGUUUGUGAUAAUGUGAAGGACUCACAAGAGAAAAAACAAGACUUAAGAAGUCAAGGGCUUUGUUUGGUGCCAAUUUCAAGCACAUUUCCGAUGGCUAAUGAAACUCCCGUUGAUUUCUGGACGCCUACGUUUGGAGGCCCACUUUUUGGCCAAUAGAGAACUAAUUAAGGACAAAAUUAACUAUAUAUUUUAUGGGAUUUGAAUCUUCUACCGCGCUACACGGUGUAAUAGAGAAUCCAUUUUCAUAUUUUAAAUUUGUAAACUAAAAGGGAAGAAGAAGACAUUAUUUGUAUCCAAAAAGAGAAAAGCAUGAAGAAACAAAAGAAGGAAAAGGAAGAGAAUGAAAAUAAAUAAAAAGGAAAUUAAGUAACACUUUCAAAGAUGGCUUGGGCCAGGUGGAAGUGCAUUAUAUAUAAAUUAGAGAUUAGAGAUAAGUUGUUUAAGAUUAUAAUAGCUCCAAUUAGGUUAUAGUAAUCUAAAGUUGAUGAGGGGGGUAGGAACAAGUGCUAAAUUCAGCAGCAUUUGACAUUAGAUUAUAGUUUUCAUGUUCUUGUUUUAUGGCUGAAUUUAGCAGAUGAGGCUAACUACCUAAAACGCCUUUUGUUCCUGCUAGCUAGUUGAUGUAUUUGAAUAGUAUAUCUUUUUUAAUCAUCAUUAAUUUUUUUAAUUAAAGGGGAUGCACCCACUUUUAUUUUAUUAC